UUUUAGACCCGCCUACAUUCUCCGGUUCUCGAAGAUGAUUGGUUCAUGCACAUGUCACUAACGCCACGGGGACAGUUCUCCUGGCGCGUCGCAAACACAGUCGAUACUUCACUCUUAUUUUAAUGAUGAAUUUAAACAACUUCGAUUAUUUCUCGCAAUUUCAAAUAUCAUCUCGAAAGUGGAGGAAAUAAAGUGGCAAAUGCCACAGGAGGUGAUCAAGUCAUAAUUGUGCUGUGCCGGACUAAAAUCUCAACAAUGUCUCUACUGUGCGUGCGGGUGAAAAAGGCCAAGCUACAAGGACCUCCAGACAAGUUUAAUGUGUAUGUCACGUUGAAGGUCCAGAAUGUUAAAAGCACAACCAUCACGGUGCGAGGAGACCAGCCCUGCUGGGAACAGGACUUUAUGUUUGAGAUUAAUCGACUGGACCUGGGUCUGGUUGUGGAGGUGUGGAGUAAAGGACUCAUCUGGGACACCUUGAUAGGAACAGCAUGGAUCCCGCUUAACACCAUCCGCCAAUCAGAUGAGGAGGGGCCUGGAGAAUGGACCUCACUGGAUUCUGAGGUUCUGAUGAAGGAAGAUGAGAUAUAUGGCACUAAAAACCCCACUCUUCACCAAGUGCUGCUGGACACACGCUUUGAGCUCCCUUUUGAUAUCCCAGACGACGAGGCCCAGUACUGGACUAGAAAGCUGGAGCGCAUCAACUCUAUGAGGAUACAUGAUGAGUAUUCACUGCAAGAUGAAGCACAGAGAAGACAGCUGCCCCCUGUGCCCUCCCAGUGCUGCAAUUGGACAUACUUUGGAUGGAAUGAUCAGCAGACUUUUGAUGACCAUGAUAGCACUGUGGAAGACAGGGACAGUGAUUACCGCAGUGAGACAAACAGCAAGCCUCCACGAUACCACACCACAGCUCAACCCAAUUCCUCAGUACAUCAGUACCCUAUUGGCCGAAGAUUACACAAUCAGGCAUUGUCAAAAGAGUCUAGAACAGACUCUAUCCAGAGCUAUGACUUGGAUUAUAGAGAAGGAAAGGAACAGAGAUUUUCAAGUGGUACAGAUGAUGUCAGAAUGAUUCCAGUGGACUCAGGUAUGGGAGUUGAAGACUGGGAGACCAAAUACAAAAUUAAUGAUAACAUACUGGAUGAUUACCUGGAACCAGAACAGAAAACGUGGGAUGACGAUGAUGACACCAAGAGUGAAAUUUAUAGAAUCGUGAGCAGCCCGGAUGACUCCAAAGGGAGUCGGUUUUACCAGACAGUAGAGUGUGAUGCAGUGUCCCCGGAGGAGGCUGAGGAGUAUGAUCCAUUAGGAAAUCCCAUCAGGAGAGCAGCCACAAGCAGCAGUGAAGUCUGUUUGGUCAGUAAGGAAGCUAAAAACUUUGAGGAUGAAAUUUCCCCUCCUGAGACUUCCAUCAUUCCUUCAGUUAGGCAACUUCGCAGGACAAACCAAGCACCGUAUACAGAGGGGCUGUUGUACAAAACCAGGAUGUGGGCCAAGAACUCAUUUGAAGACACCCUUGAGAACUACACAAUUUAUUGUGAGGAAGAGGAAGCCAGGAUGAGAGCAAGAAGUGAAUAUGGGUCUGCAGGAUCUGAUGAAAUGCAAUUCUCUCUUGGGUCUGAAGAGGAGCUAGAUGAUAUGGCGUUUGUAGAAGAGGAUGCACAGUACGAAUAUGACAGUUACUACAGUAAUGCAAGAAAUAUUUCCUCUUAUGAUGAAUGGUCACAAGGCUGUUAUGAACAACCGAGUAGCAUGGGGAUUGAUUGCACAAUGGGCCCAGAUGAAAUAUUGUCACCUGUGCAGAAGCCAGAUAAGGAGUAUCAUGAUACAAUGGAUGAACUUCAGAAUUUAGUUGACUCUGUGUCAGAAUAUCUGGCUGGAAGAGAGGAGGAAAUGAGUAAAUAUGAAUCAAUGCAAAAAUCUGUCACUAAAACAGAAACCGAGAGUGAAGAAAAGAAAACUGAGGGUGAACCAGCUGAGCUGAAAGAGGAAAAUGCUGUGGAACAAGGUAUUGCAGGUGUUAAAAAUGCCAUGAGCUCUUUGUUUAACUCCAUCACAAAUACUAAACCAGCAGCUGAAAAUACAGAAUCAACAGAAACUUCAACAAAAACUCCAUCUCCAGUUCCUCCCCAGUCAGAGUCUGGUAUUUCAAAGCUGUUCUCUUUCAUACCUAAAUCAACUAGUGGUCCAACUCCUGUCGCUGUUGUACCACCUGCUAAUCAGGAAACUAAUGCAGACAAGAAGUUCUCUUUGCAGUCACUGUUGCCAUUUCAGUCCCCAGAGGUCAGUCGACCAGCUAGUGCAACAUCAGAGACUGAUGCUACAAACAUUGCUGAUUCAAGUGGCUCUCAAACUCAGGAUUCCACUCCAAGUCAGACACAAACAGUGGUCGAUUCAGUGCUAGGAAGAUUGAGCCCUUUCAGGCUUUUUGGAGACAAAUCUAGUGCUGAAACUGUUUCACAAUCAAAUAUAACUCAGGCAAACACAGAGUCUAAAGAAGUAUCAAUGGAGAAAUCCAAAAGUUUGUCUUUAGAGGGAUCUGGCACACAGCCUGAGCACCAGUCCUCAUGUGGGGGAUCAGGAAGUGGCUCAGUAGAGCUUUUACCUGAAACAGAAUCUUCUGGCGAAUUACCUGAUUCCAUGCCCAGAGGGGCUACACCCAAGCUAGUAGAGAGUCAAACUGAAGCAAAGCCUGCCACUCAAACACCUGCAGAAGACACCGGAUUCUUUAGCCCCUUUAAGAAGUCAUUGAACUCACUGAUAUCAAACAAUGCUCCUGACGAUAAGCCAGCUGAGGUCCCCUCGAUGUUUUCUAUUUUUAAACCAGCAGAGGCUCCAGAAUCUGAGGAUGUGUCUGGUACUUUUGCCAGUAAAUUAAAGCUCCCUUUCUUUUCCUCAGAUGCUCCAGUCAAUACUCAGGCACCUAAACAAGAAGGUGGUAUGCUGUCUGGAUUUCUAAAACUAACAACAGGUGAGGAUCCCAAUACUUCUAGACCUGGAGGACUCCAAGCUGGUACUAAAUCACCACUGUCCAGUCGUUCUGCACUGCUUGAAAGUGUUUCCAAAGGAAAUGCAGAUACUGGCUGGUUCUCCAAUCUGUUCAAAGCAAGCUCAACUGAACCACCAAAGCCACAGACUGGAACACCAGCCUCAUCAAAGCCAACAGUAACCACAGAGAACAUUCCAACUGUUGUUGUGAAUCCUGAAAAACCAGCCAAUGUCGAAGAAGCUUCUGCAGAUAUAGUUGCAGAAGAAGAUGCUGCAACAGAAUGUCAUACAGAUCAAGUUGACCGAAAUGAAAACGCAUCUAAACUUCAAGAUGGAUCCAAUACCAAGCCAGAUGACCAAUGCCAUUCAAAGAUUCAGGUGCAACCAAAGACACAAAAUGAUACACAGGCACAACCUCAGUCUCAGGGCUUGCUAGCCGGUCUUUUAUCUGGCAACAACAAGCCCCAAGCAAGUUCUGGUCCACCUCCACAGGGUGGAUUAAUCUCAGGGUUACUUUCCUCUGUUACUGGUUCCCAAAACCCAAGCCAGGUUCAACCAGGGGCUGCAUCUGCUCAGUCAGGAGGGCUGUUAUCUGGAAUAUUGAAAAUGGCUGCUCCUGAAAUUUUAACCACAAACCAAUCAACAGGCCCACAACAGCAACAACCCUCCAAUGAAGGAAACUCCUUUCAAGAAUCACCUGCAACUGCUCAAAGCCACAGCCAGCCACAGCAGAGCACUGGAAUUUUCUCUGGGUUAUUGAAAUUGGCCAGUGAUACAGUUUCAAGCCCCCAAACAGCACCUGCCCAGUCAGCACCAAAUCCUGAAAAUCAAAAUGUCCCAAAGCAAGGAACAUUGGAGGGUGCACCCAAUGAGCCCUCUCAAGGAGCUUCACCUCAGCCUCAGUCGGGAGGCUUCUUAUCUGGACUUUUGAAGUUGGCUGCCCCUGAGACUGUCCCAGCAUCUGGAGAGGUAUCCCAGCCUCAGCAACAGCUUGCAUCACAACAGAACAGUAAUCAACAACCAAGUCAACAACAAUCAGACACAAAGAAUCAACCGCUGCCAUCUCAGCCACCACCAAUUGAACCACCUCCAAGUCAAACAGGAGGACUUUUUGGGGGGCUCCUCAAAUUAACAGAGAGUGCUCUUGCAGGGUCACAACAGCCAAGUGGUUCUGGCAGUCAGCCUCAUCAACAGCAAUCCAGCAAACCAAAUGCACAGUCACAGCCACCACCUGCUACAGCAAGUGGAAUGUUUUCAGGAUUUUUGAACAAGCUAACAGCCCCAGAGAGUGUCCCUCAACAGCCACAUCCUCGAAAUAGUAACCUGACCUCACAACAGAGCCCUAAACCCCCUGAACAACCACUAUCUUCCCAGACAGGUGGCUUCCUUUCUGGCCUGUUUGGUAUGAGUGCAUCAGAUGGUAAUAAUGCCAAAGACCCAGCUCCCCAGAAUCUUCCACAGCAGGAGGCCCCUUGUUCUGGUCAACCAAAUGCACAGCAAAGUAACAGACAAAACUUGCGAAGACAAAAUCAAGUUCCACCUCAGCCGGUACCUCAAAGUGGACCGAGUGGAAUGCUUUCUGGGUUGCUUAAUAAGAUUGCAGACACCACCACUGCACCACCCCAGGCACAAACCACACAGCAAACCAGUAGAUCUGAUCCAAAUGAAAGUGCCCCCCAGCAAUCUUCUAGCCAACAGGGUGGGUUCUUUUCUGGGCUUUUUUCAACCAACCAGACACCAACACAAUCACAACAAGGACCUCCUGGAUCCAGUCAACUGCACCAGGGAAACAGGCAGCCUUUACAAAGACAGAAUCCGAUUUCAUCUCAUACACCAUCAACCCCUGAACCAUCACAAGGGGGUCUGCUUUCAGGCCUUUUCAACAAACUUGCAUCAGCAGAUACUCCAGUUCAGUCAUCAACAUCUGGAGUUCAGCAUAACCAACAAAGAAGUAGGCCAGAUGCAUCAGGACAGAGUCAAACAUCUACCCAACAGCCACCACCUUCAAACCAGUCGGGUGGACUUCUUUCUGGCCUUUUGAAGAUGGGUUCAGAAGCUGCAGCCCCAAAAUCACCUUCUGUAGGACAGCAGCCACAUCCUGCCUCUGGAAGCCAGAUGCAAGGUCCACAACGUCAAUGUCAGACUGUGUCACAAGAAACAACACAACAGCAAAGUCAGUCUGGUGGUCUGUUUUCUAGCAUUUUCAAAAUGGCCACCUCGGAUGAAUCUGUGCAACAACAUGCACAGUCAAGCAAUCAGCAAGCAAAUACAUCUGUUCAAAGUGCCAACAAUCAGCAAAAUGGGUCUAGUGGUAUCAUCUCUGGAUUUUUGAACAAACUUACUACAACAGCUGAAGUAACAAUAGCAAAAAGUGAAGCUUCCCCUGAUGAGAAACCAAAACAGCAGCAACAAGACCAUUCUGGAAUUAAACCUAGUCAAGGACGUCCACAGAUUCAGAGAGCCAAACCAGUUGAACUUAUGUCCUCUGAAGAUGGAGGUGCAGAAAAAGAUCAAAAAGUUUCAGCACAAAAAGGUUUUUUGUCCGGACUAUUUAGCAGUGCCUCAGAUGAAGACACUUCAUCCAAACUUCCUUCUCAAAUCAAAGAACUGCCAAAAAGUAGUUCUAAUAGUGGUGCAGGUAUGCUUUCUGGAAUUUUUAAAUCUGGAGCUAAUGAAAAUGAUACUUCAGCACAAAGUAAGGACUCCGAGAAGGGCUUCCUUGAUCGACUAAUGUCUAAGCAGAGUAAAGACUCCACUACUUCAGUUACCAACAGCACUGGUUCAGAGUUGAACAAUUUAGUGAGUGAAGCUUCUCAACAACCUGCUAACCUGCAUCCUGCAGUGAAGUCCACCCAACAGUACAUGGAGGAGAUCCAUAGACUCUUAUAUGGCACGUCUAUUAAUUAUGGCUACCAAGAUCUACUGUAUACAUUUGCUGUGCAUGGUGCGAUUCCCCCAGAACUGUAUGAACAUCAGUGUCUCAUAGAAGCUCUUCUUUGGCAGCAACUGAAUGAUUAUGCUCUUUCAGAGAUGCUAGCAACACAAGUUCCAGACUGUUAUUCUGCAAAUCAAAUAGAAAUGCCAUUAUCCUCUGAACCUGUUGUAGAAACAUCUGAAUGGCGGAACUUGAAAAACAUUGAUCCUAGUCAAUUCCAUAUACCCUCACAUCCUUGGCAGGAUGUUGUCAACCUGCCAUUUCAAAGUAGUCUUCCACUAGCAAAUGGAGAGGAUGUUAUUGUGUUUGACAUGAGUAGCACAAACAAGAAACCCUGGGAAGGCUGUGACAAUUUAAAUGGCUUCAGUGAUAAAAGAACCAAAAAGACUUGGAUGGAGAAAACCACUGCCAUAAAUCUCUCAACAGAAGUACCAGCAAAAAAAUAUUCGUGCCAGUCAAUGUCAGACUUUAGUAGCAAAAAUGACUCAAAAAUGACCCCAAAAUCACAUUUAGAUUUAAAAUUUGACUCAGGAUUCUUCAGACGACUCACUGAAAAAAAGGGGCCAUUGGAUUUGACUCCAGGUGCAGUUGACCUCAGUAGCUCUGUAACUGCCAGUGAAAAUAUAGAGGAUGACAUGUUUUUUGAAGAUUCUGAGUGGUACCAGCAGUGGCUGUCCUUGUUGGAGCAGGGAAUUUGGUGGCCGGCUGAGGCAGGAGAUUGUGGCUAUUACGUUUACAUGGAUGAAGAAUAUAUAUACACUCUUUUGACUGAUAGGGCUGGUAAGCACCUUUACGCAUGUGCUACCCCAGAGGAGAGCCGUGUUUUAGAACAAAUCACUGAAAAUAUUUCAAGUAUUCUGCAUAAAAAAGACAAACCAAAGAUGACACUUUGUGGAUUUAAAAUACCUCUGUUCAACGAAGAUGAAGUUCUGUGGAUACCAGGAAAAAAACAUUGUGACUCACAGCUCCUAAAUGCUCCCGUUAAUUUGUCUUCAGCUCUUCAGAAAGGAAACAGGAUUAUGAACAUGAAUCUUGAGCGGUUCUCCCAAAUGUUUCAGGACUCCAUAAAUGCGCAGACAGAGCAACCUGUUGACUUCAGCAUGUACAAUCUCAAAAAAGUAAAAAUGGGUUCACAAGAGCCAAGUAUAAUUUUUACAGAGGAGCAACCUCAAGCAGCUGACCUCUCUAGGAAAGCAAAGAACCCAUGUCACGGAGGACCAUACUGGAUAAAUCAGGGUAUUAAAGACCUUUUUCCUGAAGUAUCUGUGCACCAAUUCUCUUCUCCAGUUACUUUUACUUCAUCAGUGGGCUAUAGAGAACAUCCCUCAACUAUAAAAUCUUCAGUUCCUGAAAUCAGGAUAGGAUAUGUAGAUGAUAAGCCUGUUGACCAGAAAACUCAAAGCAGGCAAACUUUCAGUCCAAUUGUUUCACCAAAUGUAAACUUUGUUGAAAAGACAACUACUGCACCACAAACAGCUAAAAGCACAGCAUUGACAGGAUCUACAGUUACACCACAACCUCAGGCCACUUCUAGAAAACCUUCUGAUCUACUGAAUGGCAAUGGAACGCCACCUACAUCAACUAGGAAACUUCCUGUAACACCAGCAAAUUCAAAAAAACAGGGUGGGUUUACACAGCAGAGUGCAACCAUUACACCACGAGUAUUACCUAAUCCACCAACCUCAGAACAAGUCACAACAAGUAUUUCUUCUAAGCCUUCUGCUGCAUCUCAGAAACACAAACUGGCAAGACAGCCAUCACAGUCAACACAGUCUCCUUCAUCAGAGAAAGCAUCAAAUUUUGAUAGCUCUAAGACUGAAGAAGUUCCCUUGAAGCCAAAACCUUCCACAGUGAUGUCAAAUCAAAAACUAUCAUUGCCACCACCACAGAAUUUACUUUUUAACAAGCCUCAAAUGCCAGUAGACACUCUUUUUUGUAUUAAACCUGUGGAUUUCUCUGGAACCUUGAGCAAAAAAGACAAAGGUAAUAAUGAGAAAACUCCAACAGAUACUGAUGCUCAAAGGUCUAUUCAGGAUAUCAUUGACUUUACCACAACAAAACUAAAAGUUAAAAAGCAGAAUGAAGAGACUUUUCACAUGGGUGAGACAGCUGCUGUUGAUCUUACUGUUGAGUUAAAUGAGGAAGUGAAAGAAUUAAAUGUCACAUUUCCAGCUCUAGAGGUCAGAAAUCUUUCCAUGACAAUGUCUGAUGUGCCUCUGGGAACUGUUUCUGCUCCAGCCUCUCCGAGAAGAAGACCACAGUACUUUCCUCCAGACAGUGGAAUUCCCAUAAAAAAAGACGUCUGUGGCAAUAAAGCACCGAUAUCACCAAAACAAAAACCCCAGCUUGCAAGACGAGCCUCAGAUCAGGUGUCCCAGGCAAGCAGUAUUCAAGUAAUCCCUGAGAGAGUCCUGGUGGAUUCACCCUUAAAGGUAGCAUCAAAGUCGGCCUCAACACCAGUUAAACUUAAUCGCAUUGAAGGAGGCCCAAUUAAGCAAAUUUCCAAACCCAGCCAUGUACCGACUGCCAUACAUCAUGCACUAUCACCUCAUAUAUGUCCUGAGAUAAAGAAAAGCCCAGCAUUGCACAUAUCUGCUCAAAAUAAACAAAUUGGCCUCACAAGGCAGACUUCAUUUGCUAGUGAAUCUAUGAGAAUGAGUCACAUGACUGGACAGUCAUAUAAUGAGAACACUGCUCCAGCUAAUUCAGUCAAAGCAACACUGGAUAUGACUUUAAAGACAGCCAAUAAGCAUAUGGAGACGGUGAUCACUGAGACUUCAGCAACUGAAGCAGUACCCCUUGUAAGAAGCAGACGGGCAUCGGUCACUGAAAUGAAUACAGAUUCUUUUGGUUUGCCUUUGCUUGUAGAGCCAUCAGCACCAGAGAUUAAUUUUAUCCUACAAAGGCAUCAAUCAUUACCCCGGCUCUUAUGUAGCGAAUCCACGUUUUUCCAGGAAGGUCCUGUUUUACGCAGCCAAAACCAUAUUUGCAACAGAACUGCAGGUUUGCCAGUGCAUCCUUCUCAUUAUCAUCAAAAAGCAACUGCUCCAGCAAAUGCAAUAAAAGCUACAUUAGAUAUGUCCGCUAAAUCAACUACUAAUUCAAGUGUGGUUACUGAGGCAAUUCAAAAGGAAGCACUGCCACUUGUGAGAGCGAGAUCAACAUCAAUCUCAGAUUGCAAUGAAAAGCUUGUCGGAUUGCCUUUGCUUAUUGAGCCGUCAGUGCAAGAAAAAACUCUUAUCCCACAAAGGCGUCAAUCGUUACCACAUCUCUCUUCUAAUGACUCCAAGUUUUUCCAAGAAGACCCUGUUUUACCCAGCCAAAAUCAUCGUCCUUAUAACAGAACUGCAAGCUUGCCAGUGCAACUUGCUCGUUGUCAUCAAAUAGCAACUGCUCCAGCAAAUGCGAUUAAAGCUACAUUAGAUAUGUCUGCAAAAUCAACAGCUAGUUCAGGCGUGGUAACUGAGGUGGUUCAAAAGGAAGCUUUGCCACUUGUGAGAGCAAGAUCAACAUCAAUCUCAGAUGCCAAUGAGGAGGUUGUUGGUAUGUCUUUGAUUGUGGACCCUCCAACACAACAGAGGAAAAAUCUUUUCAUGAGUUGUGAAUCACAAUCGAAUGUUAGACAAAGUGAUUCUUUACAACAUGUGGAUGUGAAAACAUCCCAGUUAAAUCCACCCUUAAGCCGACAAACACCUAGUUGGCAAGCAGCUUCUGCUCCAGCCAGUGCAGUUAAAACAAUUGUGGAUAUGUCUCCAAAGCCGAUUGAAAAAAUCAAAGAGGAAAAGCAAGAAUUAUCUCCAAUGCCAUUGAUGAAAAGAAAAACAUCUGCUACUGUGAUUGCCACAGGGACAUCUGCUGGUUUGCCUUUAAUUGUAACACCCUCUAAUUCCCAAGAAAAUCUUAUGUCAGAGUCCUCAUUUCCAACACAAGUGCAGGAAACACUGAAAGAAAAGAAAAGUGGUACAUUAAGCCAGCAUUCCCUUGAAGUCAGAAGCAUCUCUGCUAAAGUGGGUUGCUUUCAAAGCAAGGGUCCUACAUUACAAAUAACAUGGCAAUCAUCUGUUUUAGGACAGCCUGACAGAAUACCCUCAGCACCAGCUAAUACAAUCAAGGACAUAGUUGACAUGUCUCCAAAACUCUUGUCAGAUCCAACAGAGGUUUGUGGAGAAGUUUUGACUGAAGCUGGUGUGCUGUCACUUGUAAAGACAAGACCAGCCACUGAUGCUGAAGUAUUAAAAGAGCUAGCUGGUGUACCUUUACUGGUCAAUCCUCCUUUGCUUCCUAAACUAGUUCGUGGGCAAAGCAAAUUGCCUGAUAAAAUGUCAUCUUUCUCUUUGAAAUCAACUAUAGCUCAAGGAACAAAAGGACCUUCGGCUCCAGCUAACACGAUUAAAUCCACUAUUGAUAUGUCUGUGGGCCGAUCAACCUCUAUGGUGUCUGAGGGAUCAGCAGGAGAAAUGCUUCCAAGUGGAGAAAUGUCUCUUGUCAAAGAUAAAACAGCCAUCAACAAAUAUUCAAGAAAAGACUCAAUAGGAAUGCCAUUAAUAGUUGAUUCUUUUUCAAGUUCUGAACAGGUCUCUCAAAAAACAUCACCUUUUAUAUCAAUACUAGAGGAAAAAGCUAAUCCACACCGAAUGCAAUUAUUGAAUGGACAUCAUACUACAGAACCUUUGUUGCGCCAGCAAAUCUCUACCCAUCACCAAAAUGGAAUCUUCUCAAUCUCAAAGACACAAACUGUAGAAUCUCAGCCCUCCAGCAAACCGAUAGACUUCUCUGUAAUUGUUUCACCUAGAAAGCACAGCUGCUCCUCUGUUCUGCAAAAUGGACAUCCUGUGGAUUUUACUAGAAGUGAAGAAGAGAAAUCAAGGAUUGGAAGCAGAUAUCCAAAAAAUGGUAGUAGCACUUUUAAGAAAUCCUAUGUUGGGGCUGUUGACCUGACUGCUGGCAUAAUGAUUGACGUGAAUAGAAACAAAAGUGGUGAUGAUGUCAAAGAUCUUUCAUCUCCAAGGACUACUAGCAUAUCUACUCAGAACACCUCAACAUGUACAGCAGUUAUAUAUGCCACCACAACAAAUAAGAAAGAUUCUUAUCAACAGUCAGGAAAUGAGGACAUAUUGGCCCCCCAAUCAAAUUAUGUAGCUAAACCUCAAGCAUCAUACCCAUCUUUUCAGUCAAGUGUGCCUACACAAAUGGCAGAUAUAUCAGAUCAGAUGAAAAGUCAUUUGCACAGAGCUGAUUUCCAUUUCUCUAAAACUUCUGUACAACUAAAGAAAGAACAAAGUGAACCUGCUGAAUCAAUAAACACACAUCUUUUGAAUAAGGAGCUUCCAUUUGCAAGCGACACAAGUGUUGAUCCACAUGGCGCUAAUCUCUCUAAACAAAUCAGUAAUUCAUCUAAAAUGGUGACCUUCAGUGACCUGCCCCCAAUAUCUAUGCCUCACAUAAAUUUCUCUGAGCAUACAACUUAUCAGCAAGUAGCUCAAAGAUCUGUCAUCAGUAGACAGGUGGUAACACACCAGUCAAUUCCCUUGGCUUCAACUCAGAAUGAAGGGACUGAACCAUUUUUUACUUCUGCUGCUGCUGCUUCAACUAUAGUCUCAAGACCCAAAGGUAUUAUCAAACAAUCAACAGUGGAAAGCUUUGGAGAAGAUUGCACCUCUCACAGUGGGACAGCUACUUUCAUCGGAAAGCCUUUAGCAUUAAACAAUACACUUGUUCAAACCUCAGUUGUUCCAGUUAUAUCAGUUCAAGAUGUAUCCAUACCUGACCAUGGUUUGUCACCUAAUAUUGUGUCUACUGCUGCAAACCUGCCAGUGUCAACUUCUGCCAUUGUACUAGAAUCAGUAGUUGUUGUACCCACAAGUACAACAAACUCUCAAGUUUCCAUGGCAUGUUCAAGACCACUUUCAACAAGUCCUGCUGUCACAACAAGUGUUAUUGAUAGUCGUGAAGUCUCAAAUUCAAGCCCAGCCACAAAGAGGUCAGUCAAAGGUUUGAUAUCAUUGUUCGAUGGAGCAAGCUCACAGCCAGCAAUAGCUAUCUCACAAAGAAGUGAUAAAAUGAUACCGUCAAUUGUCAAACAGUCACAAAAUGUUUGUGUUGAGUUUAACCAAGAAAUGACAACAUCUCCAAACCGGACCGUGAUAAAAACAGCAGACAUGACAGUGAUCAGUGGAACCAUAACAUCUACUGUUAAAGCACAUGCAUCAUCAUCCUUCGUUGAUCCACCCACAGUGCAGAUUCCAAGUCCAGCAAGUGAUACACCACCUUCUGUAAUAAGACCACCCGUUGAACUUAAUGAAGUUUCACCAGUUACAGCUCAAGUUUUUCCCACAGACCAGCCUUUAACAAGAAGUGCACUCAUACAAAAUAACAAAACAACCGUUCCUCAGACUGAGGCAUCUGCUCAAAGUUUGGCUCCAACAUUUAGUGGCACAAUUUCUGAGCCAAUGAAUGUUUGUGUUAUUCCAGCAGAGACACAGUCUCAAGAAAAUAUUUCUGGAAGCAUUCCCUUUCCUGAAGUUUCAGUCACAAGUGAUAAAUCCACAAGCCCUGCUACAUCUUCCUCUGUGUCUACAGUUACUCCCUUAACACUUCAAACACAAUUGAAAGAGAUACCAUUUAUGGUUAUAUCUUGCAACCAGACUGAUGUAGGCCAACCAAAUGAAAUGUCAACUCAACAUCAUUCUGCUACAGUCAGUGAAUGUGAUGCCCAGCAUAUGUCAGUUCAAGCCACUUCACAGUUCUCUGUACCUCAAACAGUAGCAGUGUCUCCGUUUGUUUCAACACAAGAUACUCUGAUGGACCGUAUUAGUCAGUUAGAUGUUACUCCCCAGCAGCUUGUUUUGUCUGAGAUGAUGUCAAUUGAAGAGACACCAUCUUUCAUUCAAGUUUCUCCCACUGAGCUAGAGGGACGAUCAUUAAUAAUUUCUGUAUUGGGCCCAAGAAAGAUGCUUAUACCUCACAUCAUGAUUUCAGAGGCUAGCAGUCCUGAAGACUGUCCUAGUGAGGAAGAUACCAUGACAGAUGAACCUGAUACAAUAGAGAAAGAUGAUCCUAUCAUUGACAAGACUCCUCUGGAAAGCAUGGAUGGUUCUCAAGACAAUUUAUCUAUCAAGGUUGUGGAAUCUCAAGAAACUUACAAUCAGAGCAUAAAAAUUAAUCUCUCUAAUAUAGUGGCAUCCCCAGAGGCUCUAACAGAGGUUUCAGAGAUUAAACAUGAUAACUCUAUUGAUGUACUUACCAAUUCUGAUGUAUUUUCAGCACCAUUAAUACCAAGCACCGUUGAACAAAAUGAGAGUAUCUGCCCUGAGGCCAGCUCUUCUGAAAAAACCUAUCCUGAUGAUGAUUACAAGAAGGGUGGCUAUGUGUCUAAUCUGGAAGAUGGUGCAAACACAGAAUCAACAAUAUGUAAAGAGAAAAUAAAAGAUCAUGAGGUAUCCUCUAAAGUAAUGUCUGACAAAUUGAGUAUCAUUUCUGGACCAGUGUCUUCAGAAACAGAAAAUGUACCAUCAGAAGACACCCUAAAAGCCUCUAAAGUAAUGUCUGAAGAACUGAGUAUCACUUCUGGAUCAGUGUCCUCAAGAACAGAAAACGUACCAUCAGAAGACACCCUAAAAUCCUCUAAAGUAAUGUCUGAAGAACUGAGUAUCACUUCUGGAUCAGUGUCCUCAAGAACAGAAAAGGUACCAUCAGAAGACACCCUAAAAUCCUCUAAAGUAAUGUCUGAAGAACUGAGUAUCACUUCUGGAUCAGUGUCCUCAAGAACUGAAAAAGUACCAUCAGAAGACACCCUAAAAACCUUUAAAGUAAUGUCUGAUGAACUGAGUAUCACUUCUGGGCCAGUGUCAUCAGGAGCAGAAAAAGUAGACACUCUAAAAACCUCCAUAUCCGAAUCUGAACCAAGUACAGAGGAAGUGGAAAAUGCAAAAUCACGUGAAGAGGCAACACCCACCAGCACUGAACCAGUUUCGUCUUCCACAGAUGUUGAAGAGCAAUCUGGCAAAGGCAUAUUCUCACUUUUUGGCACUUCAUCUUCGGGUCAAACUCAGCCUAAGAGUGGACAGUCCAUACUAGGAGGGAUACUCCCUGGGUCCUCAUCCUCUAAAGAAAUGCCAGGUACAGGAUUAUUCUCAAUGUUUGGAAGUUCUGCUCCUCAAGAAACCCAAACACCAUCUGCACCUAAAGAGCCACCUGGAAAGGGCUUAUUUUCUAUAUUUGGGGGAUCUGUUGCUCAGUCACAACCUGGCCAGCAAGGUUCACCUAUGUCUGGCCCAAAGGAUCUGCCUGUAGGACCAAGACUACCACACAUGCCUACUCCAAGGAUGGCUCCAGGACCUGGACCAAGAGGACCACCAGGACAUGUUCCAAGAACUACAUCGGGACCUGCACCAAGGGGUCCAACUCCAAGAGGGCCCGCUUCCAAAGAACCACUGGGCAAAGGACUAUUUUCUGUGUUCGGUGGGUCUUCUCAGCCGACAGCACCAACAGGGGGAACUGCUGCAAAAACACCUGGGUCUGGAUCCUCAAUACUUGGAGGUAUUUUGCCUGGUUCUGGGGUCAAGGAAAACAAUGGCCCUGGUUUAUUUUCCAUGUUUGGUGGAGGUAGUUCUCAAUCCCAAGCACCAGGUGAUGCUGCUGCAGCUGAAUCUACAAAUAAGGAAUCAACCGGAAAAGGAUUGUUUUCCAUGUUUGGUGGGCCAAGUCCAACGGUAAGCUCUGAACCAGAAAGUCUCUUUAAAGUUUCUUCUGUGUUCUCAUCAGAUAAAACAAAAUCUACUGGAUUCAGCCUCAUGUCUUUUAUGGAUGAUAAGAAAUCUGAUUCAAAACCUGCAGAUGCAUCCACUGUAAGGGCGGAUUCUCUCACAUUCUCUCACUCUCACAAUAUAACACCCCCACCUUUAACUGAUGCAAUUACAGAUGAACAUACAUCAGUUGAGGCUAAAGAAGAGGUUCCUGCAGAGAUAACCUUUGAACCUCCUGGAAAGAAGGAUGAGAAACUGAGUGAUGAAAAGAAGGAAGAGUCUGGGAAUGAUACACGGAGGACUGAUGAAAUGCACCUCGCCAUAAAUGAUAAUACAAAGUCUGAAAUGGUGACACUAAUUAAAGAGACUGAAGAGGUUGCACCUCUGUCAGAGAAACAAGCUGAAAAGGAAGAAACUUCAACGGUUGACAAAGUACAUGAGGAACAGACCAUUAAUGAGAAAGUUAAUGAGGAGCUGGACAUGAAAAAUUACAAAGAAACUAUAGCCACUAGUUCAGAGAAAACUGAUUAUGUGACACCAAUAAACGAGACUGAAGAGAUUGUACCUUUGGCUGAGGAGCAGUCUAAAAAUGAAGACAUUUCUGUUGUUGACAAAAUGUAUGAGAAACAAACCAAUAAUGAGCAACUUAAAAAUGAGGAACUGGAUAUGGAAAAUGACAAAGAAACUGUAGCCACUGGUCCAGAAUCUGACAAAGAUUUAAACCAACUUGUGCAUGAAAAAUCAUCCGAGCAAGAGAGAGUUUUAGAGCCUUUUGAGCUUGAGAAACCAACAGAGGUCUCAUUAGAAUCUGAGAAAACUGUAGAGCCUGAAAAAUCAUCUGAAUCACGAGACCCAGUGCAGAAAAACUCUGAAUCAGAAGAAUGUGUGGAACUGGAAAACUCUCAGGAAACUAACAAACCUCUGGAUUCUGGGAAACCAUCAGAAAAUGAGAAAAAUCUCUCUAAAGGAACAGGGGAAGUUGAUGCUGUACAAAUAGCAGACAAAAUUUCAGCUGAAUCUGAAAAAGGCAUUGCAUUGACAAUUUCUGACAGCCAGCAAGCAGACCUUAAGGAAAAACCAGAUGAAAUCCCAAAGUUACAAGAAUGUGACAAAACGUUAAUAGUAGCAACCACACAACCAUCUUUAGAUCCACAGUUGAUUUCUUCUGUUCAGCAGCAGCAACAGCCCAAACCAGACACUAUUGUACCUCAGCCAGGAAAAGUGGGUUUUCCUGCUCAGCCAAGACCGAGAAUGGCAGGAGCUUUUUGUCAGCCCAGACCCGGAAUGCCUGGACCAAGAGGACCUAGACCUGCCAUUAAUCAACCAAGACCAAGAAUGCCCGGAUCUCAAAGACCCCCAGAGCCUUCUGGAUUUUCUGGGUUUAUGUCAAUGUUUUCUGGCCCAAGUGCUCCUAGCAAGCCAGCAACUUCUAGUUUCUUCUCAGUGCCACAGACCUCUUUCUUCAAGUCAUCACCACCUUCUGCUCCAGCACAACCACAACAGCAGAAGAGCUCAUUUUUUAAUCUUCCAACCAGCAUGCCAACGGACUCCCUCACAGGUGAUCUGUUUGGAUUGUUUAAAGGUACAGAAGUAGUAAAAUCAGAUGAAACCAAGCUGUCAGAGAAAGGUCAUGAUGAAACACAAGACUCUAAAGAGCAAGUGAGCCUCGCUGCUAGUAAAUCAAGUGCAGUCUCUGAACCUGAGUCAACUUUGGCAAGCACUGAAUUAGUAAAUGAAGACAAACAACUGAAGCAAGAUGAUUCAGAAUCAUUAAAGCUUGUUGAGGAGCAAGAGGUCAAAUCUCCAGAUGAAACAAGCAAGGAAAUCACUGAGACAUCUGAAACUAUUCACACACAGACAUCUGAAUCGGGUUUACCCUCAAAGGUACCACCAGGAGACAAAGAAACCCCACCAUCAACACCCAAAGCAGUAGAUGAAGAUAAACUACCAACCUCACCACCUUCGAAAGGUAUCUUUGGUGGUUUGAUGUCUGGUGCAGCCGAGACAGCCAAACCUUUCAGCUCUUUUUUUGGCUCUUCCACUCCUGCCCCUUCAGUCAGCACCAACCCUUCACGGCCACAAGCAGAGAGCAGUGGUCUGUUUUCCGGUUUAAAAGGUUUAUCUGUUGGUCUCUUUCAAGAAGAGAAGUCAGCUUCUACAACGGAAGAGACAAUGUCUUCAAUGUUUGGAAGGAAAAUAGGCUUCCCAUGGCAAAGUUCACCCCCUCAGACCCCUCCUGCCAACCAGUCUAAACACCCAGACUUGAAUCCUGAAGAAAAUGAUGAACCAGAGGCUGAUAAAUUGUCACUUGAAUCAGAGGUCACAGGAAGUGCAGAUCCCAGUGAUACAGAAGGACCAAGUGACAACUCUUCACAUAAGCAGCCAAGCUUUGACGCAAGUCCAGAGAGUCCGACAGCAUUUAAACAAGGGGCUUCCCAUCUGGAAGUAGAACAUGUAGACAAAUCCCAAAUUUCCCAAGAUUGCAUAGACAAGAACAAGGACCCUCCUGAUACAGAUUCCAGUGCAGAAAAGCCAUCAGAGAGCCUUCAACAGCAAACCUUUGAUAAAAGCCCGGUGGACAGUUCUCGAUUUGGGUCUUCUGGUAACCUUAGCCAAGCAAGUUCCCAGUUCAGCUCUGAGCCAGAAGAACAAAGCUAUUCAGAUGCUCAGAUCAGGCCUUCUGUUGUUGCUCAGCAUCUUCCGGCCUCAGAUGAAACAGAAAAAGGGGAAAGAGAGAUAUAUGCAAAUGUGGAGAAAGAAGUACAGGGAGAGUGUGUGCCCAAGCUUGUUGCUAAUCAAGGGAGAAAGCCAGAGAGGCAGCACAGUUUCUAUGAAGAUGGACCACGUGCUUUCUCUCCUUCCCGCCUGCGCUGGUUGAAGGCCAUCAGUAAAGUCAGAGUGAAGCUGCAUGAGAAUAUCAAUGGAGACCAUAACAAACAUCCAUGGGCCAAACCUGGGGGAGGAGGAAUAUUUGGCAUUGAUAGCAUGCCUGACCUUAGGAAGAAGAAGCCUAUCCCCUUGGUUAGCGAUGUGUCUCUUGUGCAGUCCAGGAAAGCAGGGAUCUCUCACGCAUUAGCUGCACGCUCUUCUCUGAAGGACGAAGAACUGAAGAAUCACGUGUACAAGAAGACCCUCCAGGCUCUGAUUUACCCCAUUUCUUGCACGACACCCCAUAACUUUGAAGUGUGGACGGCCACCACGCCUACCUACUGCUACGAGUGUGAGGGUUUGUUGUGGGGCAUUGCGCGGCAGGGCAUGCGCUGCUCAGAGUGUGGAGUCAAAUGCCACGAAAAAUGCCAGGAGCUUUUCAACGCAGACUGUUUACAGAGAGCUGCUGAGAAGAGCUCCAAAACAGGAGCAGAGGACAGAACCCAGCAUAUCAUAUCGGCCAUGAAGGACCGCAUGAAGAUCCGAGAGAGGAACAGGCCUGAAAUCUUUGAAAUGAUAAGGCUUGUGUUCAAUGUGACUAAACUGAACCAUGCUCAGCAGAUGAAGGCUAUCAAACAGACUGUGCUUGACGGAACAUCAAAGUGGUCUGCCAAAAUCUCCAUCACGGUGGUGAGUGCUCAGGGCCUGCAGGCUAAAGACAGAACUGGUUCCAGUGAUCCGUAUGUGACCGUUCAGGUUGGCAAGACUAAGAAGAGAACCAAAACCAUCUAUGGUAACCUUAACCCUGUGUGGGAGGAGACGUUCAACUUUGAGUGUCACAAUUCAUCUGACCGCAUUAAACUGCGUGUGUGGGAUGAAGAUGACGAUAUUAAGUCUCGUGUGAAGCAGCGUCUGAAGAGGGAAUCUGAUGACUUUUUGGGUCAGAGCAUCAUUGAGGUCCGAACCCUCAGCGGAGAAAUGGAUGUCUGGUACAACCUUGAAAAACGCACAGACAAGUCAGCAGUAUCAGGGGCCAUCAGACUGCAGAUAAGUGUGGAAAUUAAAGGGGAAGAGAAAGUGGCCCCUUAUCAUGUUCAGUACACAUGUUUGCACGAGAAUUUCUUUCACUUUGUGACAGACGUUGAAGGACAAGGUGUGGUGAAGUUGCCCACGGCACGAGGAGAUGAUGCCUGGAAGGUCUACUUUGAUGAGCUUGCUCAGGAUAUUGUAGACGAAUUUGCCAUGCGCUACGGAAUAGAAUCCAUCUAUCAGGCCAUGACGCACUUUGCAUGUCUUUCCUAUAAAUACAUGCUGCCUGGCAUUCCUGCGGUAAUGAGCACACUCCUGGCAAACAUCAACGCAUUCUACGCUCAUCCCACCUCAGUCACCAACAUCUCCGCCUGUGACCGCUUCACUGCCUCCAACUUUGGGAAAGAUCGCUUUGUUAGACUUCUGGAUCAGCUCCAUAACUCUCUCCGAAUUGACCUGUCAACAUACAGAAAUAAUUUCCCAGCCAGCAGUAAACCACGUCUAGCAGAUCUCAAAUCCACAGUGGAUUUGCUGACCAGCAUUACAUUCUUCAGACUGAAGGUUCUGGAGCUGCAGUCUCCCCCGCGUGCCGCCCAUGUGGUCAGGGACUGUGUGAAAGCAUGCCUCAACUCCACAUAUGAGUACAUCUUUAACAACUGCCAAGAGCUGUACAACAGACAGUUCCAGCCGGCCGCGGAGCCUAAACCACAAGAAAAGAAAGAGGGAGAAGAGGGUGAAGAAGAGGAAGACAAGAAGGAUGAUAAGGAGGAGGAGAAUGCUGCUGUAGAGGAACCAGGACCAAGCAUACAGAAUUUGGACUUCUGGCCCAAACUCAUCACCUUAAUAGUUUCCAUCAUAGAGGAGGACAGGAACUCCUACAGCUCGAUCAUAAAUCAGUUUCCUCAGGAGCUGAAUGUGGGGAAUGUCAGUGCUGAGGUCAUGUGGACACUCUUUGCUCAGGACAUGAAGUAUGCACUGGAAGAGCAUGUGAAGCUGAGGUUGUGUAAAAGUGCGGACUACAUGAAUCUGCAUUUCAAAGUCAAAUGGCUCUACAACGAAUACGUCCAUGACCUACCCGCCUUCUCCGACACCGUCCCAGAGUACCCAUCGUGGUUUCUGCCAUUUGUUCUCCAGUGGCUGGCUGAGAACGAGGAAGUGUCGAUGGAGUUUAUGCAUGGAGCCCUUGAGAGGGAUAAAAGAGAGGGGUUCCAGCAGACGUCUGAGCAUGCUCUGUUCUCCUGUUCGGUCGUGGACAUCUUCACUCAGCUCAACCAAAGCUUUGAAAUCAUUAAGAAACUAGACUGUCCUGAUCCUGCAGUGGUUGCUCAGUACAAUCGACGAUUUGCCAAGACUAUCACCAAAGUGCUCCUGCAGUAUUGUGCUGUUCUUACCAAGAGUUUCCCCUCGUACUGUGAGAAAGAAAAGACGCCCUGUGUGUUGAUGAACAACGUUCAACAGAUGCGGGUGAUGUUGGAGAAGAUGUUUGAGUCUAUGGGAGCCAAACAGCUCGACUCAGAGGCUGCAGAUAUCCUCAAUGACCUGCAAGGGAAGCUUAAUUCUGUUCUGGAUAACCUGAGUGGCUUGUUUGCCAAGAGUUUCCAGGCCCGUAUGAAUGCAUGUGUGCGUCAGAUGGCGGAGAUCCUGUAUCAGAUUAAAGGACCUCUGAAUCAGAACACUCGUAACACAGCGGAGGCUGAUGCAGACAACGCACUGCCGCUUAUGGAGUUCCUCGACACAAACCUCAGCAUCUUUGCGGACAUAUGUGACAAGACUGUGUUGAAGCGUGUGCUAAAGGACCUCUGGAGGACUGUUCUGAUCUGCAUGGAGAAAACGAUUGUGUUACCGCAGAGCAGCGACAGUAUAGGAGCUCAGCUUCUUACUGCUGCUAAGGAACUGUCUAAACUAAAGGGAGGGGUGGAGCCAAAGAGCUUGUCACCAAGACAAUGUAUGAUCCUGGAGGCAGCACUGGAUUCAAUCAAGCUCUUCUUCCAUGCUGGUGGAAACGGUUUAAAGAAAGUGUACCUGGAGAAGAGCCCUGAGCUGUCGUCGCUGCGUUAUGCUCUCUCCCUAUACACACAGACCACAGAUGCUCUUAUCAAGGCAUUUGUGACGACACAACAUGCUCAGGUUCAAAAUGGUAUGGGCAUCAGGAUUACCCCCAAGGAGAACAUUCGACCCGACAGAGGCUCUGGGGUUGAGCGGCCGAUCGGAGCAGUGAUUCAGCUGGAUGUGUCGCCCCCAGCUGGAAACACUGAGCAGAAACUCGGUGUCCGAGUGAUUGCAGUAAACGACAUGAAAUGGCAGACCUCAGGGAUGUUUCGUCCAUUUGUGGAUGUUAACCUGGUCGGCCCACAGCUCACAGAGAAGAAACGGAAAUUCACAACCAAAUCGAAAAACAACAGCUGGACUGCAAAGUACAACGAGGCCUUUCAAUUUGUGUUGGGUAAAGGCGUGAGUCUGGACUGCUAUGAGAUUCAGAUAACGGUGAAGGAUUAUUGUUUCGGUCGUGCGGAUCGAGUGGUCGGGAUCGCAGUACUGCAGCUGCGAGACGUAGCAGACCGGAAAAGCUGCGUGUGCUGGUGCCCCUUGGGUCCGCGUAUCAACACUGAUGAAACCGGGACCACCGCACUACGAAUCCUCUCUCAGCGCUCAGCUGAUGAGGUUGCCAAAGAGUUUGUCAAACUAAAGUCUGAGACCAGACCUGCUGAAGAGGGGAGGUGAAGAUGAAACUCAAGGUUGACCUCAUCAAUUUGACAUUAAAGCGGACUGGUUAAAACAGAAGACACUUCAAACAAGCGUUCACAGACCAAUCACGCAAGGACCUACACUGUUUAUAAAAUUGCGUAUGUUUAUUUAAAGCCUUAAGAGACACUUAACUGUCUGACUGGCUUUGCAUCUCUCUACAUUAUGGGCAACAACUCACAAAAUGAGUGCUAGCAUUGAGAAUAGCAUUCCUACCGUCAUGGAAAAUCUGGAAAGGAAAUGUCAGGGAAUUUUCAAAUGUUGGUGUCAGGCAUGAAAAGUCAUGGAAAUGUAAAAAAAAAAAAAUAUAUAUAUAUAUAUAUAUAUAUAUAUAUAUAAUCAGAAAUCUUGAAACUAGAAAGAAGUAUCUAGUUAAACAACUUGAAAAUUCAUGGAAAUAUUAAGAAAUCCUAAAAAGCCAGCUCUAAAAUAUUUUGUUGUCUAGAAAUUGAUUUGUAAACUGCAUUUUUUUUCACAAAAAGUAUCUUGGUAUUCAAAUGACUGGAAAAGUCAUGAAAGUAAUACAAAAAAGUCCUAAAAAGUCUAAACUAAAAUAUUUUGUUGGCUAGGAAUUGGUAUUUGUGAGAGAAGUCUGCAUUUUUUUUUAAUUAAAAUCAUCUAGUUAAUCAAAUGACUGGAAAUGUCAUGCAAAAAAAAAAAUCUUAAGUCAGCACUGAAAUAUUUUGUUGGCUAGAAAUGUAUUUCUUAUCUGCAUUUUUUUCACAAACAUUAUCUAGGUAUUUAAAUGACUGGAAAAGUCAUGAAAAUAAUAAUAAUAAUAAAAGUCUUCAGUCUAAGCUAAAAUGAUUUGUUGGCUAGAAAUUGGUAUUUGUAAGUGCAUUCUCUGAGUUCUUUGCAACAAUGUUUACAAAAUUAUGUAGUUUAUCAAACAACUUGAAAAGUCAUCGAAAUUUAUUGGUAAAAAUGUGUGGGAGCUGUCUGAGAAGAGAAAAGCAGAACACUAUACAUUUUACUGAGCACUUCACAGUUAUUUCAAGCACAUUGUAAUGAAAGCUAUUAAUGACAUUACAAAAAAAAAAAAAAAAAAAAAAAAUGUGAGAAGAUGCAAGAGUUUUGCCAAACACGAGUCUAUGGGCUCAUUCCACAUGUUCUUCGUGGCCUUCUGAAUGGGAGGAGUCUUAUAGCAGGGGGAGUGGUCUAACAAGAUUAAUUUACAUUGGCUGCUUAUUCUUUGAUUGGCAGGCACAGAUAUGCACAUUUAGACACGUUUUUCUCUAAUGGUCUUGUUCUCUAAUGUGUUCUUGAAAUCUUAUCUGUGGUACCUUCAAUGCAUUCAUCACCUUUGUCUAACUUGAAAGACAUUUCUAAUAGUCUGACUUCUCCGAAGAUCAUGGUAAUCCCCCCAUGUCUCAAAGCAGAUAAAUAAAGACACACAUAGACCCAACCUAUAGUGCCAGCCAAUGAGAAGGGAUGUACUGUAUGAAACUUUGUUUACCUUGUGCCAAGUAGUUUGUAUGCUCUCUUUUUUGAGGUGUAAUGGAGUUAUGGUUUGUUUUGUUUGUAAUAUAUGCACAGUCUGUAAAGUAAACUACCACACGUGCAUGUAUUUACUGUAAAUUCCAGCUUUUGGUCAUAUGUUUAUUUAGGUUUUGUCAAUAUGUGGAAAGCUAUUUAUGUAUUUCAAGCUAUGGAAGAGAUCACAGAUUGAACUGAUAUUCUGAAUUUAUUUAUAAAUUAUUUCUGAAUUAA